GGGGCAACUCUCGAGCAUUCCCGACUCGUUUAAGCAAUGUUCCAAAGUUCCGUGGGAACAGCUGAGCUGGGACUCCGCGCUCUAGAAUCUCACUGUUGCAUAAGCCUAUUGGCAACAGCAGUUACAAGUUAGCAACCUUUUACAUGCUUGAUGUGCGAGUGACGAAUGACAGAUACGUGGGGCAAUGUCAUGUCGACAGCCCGCAGAAGAUCAAAUCCUCUGUUUUUACUGUCUGUUGAAAUUAUUUACCGCCAAUUCAUGCCUUUUAUUUGGUUUAUCAUGGCUUUAUUCAUCGCAGUGGGGGCGCACAGCACUGAAUUGCAAAAGUUAUCGAACACAACAUACCUUCUCGAUACACUGCUAUCAGAAGACAAGUACGACAGGCGAAUUCGACCAGGAAUUGGUGGUGAUCCAACGGUGAUUCAAACAGAUAUAGAAAUUAGGAGUUUUGGUCCAAUAUCAGAAACAGAAAUGAUCUACUCCAUGGAUUGUUACUUCCGUCAAACCUGGUAUGAUAAAAGGCUUCGGUUUCACUCUCAUAAGGAUGUACUUUCAAUGGAUUGGAAAUUUCUUCAAAAAGUUUGGAUUCCAGAUACAUUUUUUUUAAAUGGUAAAAGUUCAUAUCUCCAUAAAGUCACCGUUCCAAAUAAAUUCAUACGACUUCGAAAAGAUGGUCAACUCAAAUAUUCCAUGAGAUUGACUGUCAAAGCCAGUUGCCCAAUGCAUCUCAGAAAAUACCCAUUGGAUACGCAAGCUUGUCCGUUAGAAAUAGGAAGCUAUGCUUACCCAAUCCAAGACGUUUUGUAUGAAUGGAAGGGGCCGAAAGCUGUUUCUCGCUCAGAUGAUGUUGUAUUGUCCCAGUAUGAUUUCGUAAAUAUCACUCUAAAGCAUCGUGAUAAUGUGGUGAAAGUUGGUGACAGGGAAGAUCGCCGGUCUAUAUUAGUCGUCCAUUUUGUGAUUCGAAGGCGAAGAGGAUACUUUAUACUUCAAAUCUAUGCUCCUUGUGCAAUGAUUGUGGGAGCUUCCUGGGUGUCCUUUUGGAUCAACAGAAGUGAUGCUGCUGGUCGUGUAGCUGUAGGUGCUACUACGGUUUUAACGAUGGUAACAAUGGGCUUCGGCGGUCGAGGAAGAGAGAAAGUUUUCUCUGCCACUGCAAUCGACUGGUUCGUCGUUAUGUGUUUUACAUUUGUAUUUGCAGCUUUAGUGGAGUACGCUUUUGUUAAUUUCAUUGAUAACUACGAAAAACUACAAAUUAAGAAGCAAAUGGAACUCGAUAGGGAAAAGAAAAAGAAAGAAGAUGCUAUAGGAUCAAUCGCGGAGCCAGCGGAUACUUCUCCAGUAAAAGAAACAGCUGGUGGUUUCACGUCAGUACGAUUUCAAAGAACCGUUGGGAAAGAUAGCCGGAAAAAAAGUUCUGAGGAGCAUCUUCUACAACAACAAAUGCAACUGCAACAAUUGAUGCAGAACCAAAAGUUCUCUUUAAGACGUAGGCCUUUUACUGGAGGCAAACUUUCUUUAAAGAAAGUUUAUAAAAACAGGCAUAUAGCCAGUAAAGUUGACAGCUACGCCCGCAUAGUAUUCCCAGUGACAUUCGCCGUGCUUAAUGUUAUGUACUGGACUCUUUUUUUGCACAUAAUGGACGACGAAAUUGUUGCCCCAAUCGAGAAUGGCGAAAAUAGUGUCUAAACGUUUUAUGCAAGUUUCAAAAGCAUAUUAAUGAAGUAAUUUUAUACAGUUUAUGCUCAAAUGAUAUUAAAUUUUUUAAAGAUAUAA